UAAUCCUCCUAACCCCCAACGGCGACUCGCGCUCAGCAACUACCCAAUGCCGACUACCCCCGCCACGCGCACCGCAAGCUCAUGGCCGACGCCAAGCCGAGCAAACCCAAAGGCUUCGCCUUUGCUGACGCCGCCAAGGCCAAAGCCGUCGACGCCAGCGCCGGCAAGGCCGACGACGAUGCCCAUGGCGCGACGCCAGCGGGCCGCGGCCGCUGGCUGCGGUGGGCGUGCUGCGGCCUGGCCGCGACCGGCGCGCUGGCCGCGCUGGUGAUGCUGGCACUGUCCCUGACCGUGCUCAAGGUGCGGGACCCGACGCUGUCCAUGGACUCCGUGUCGGUGCGGUGGUUCAACGUGCGCUUCGACCCGCGGGCGGCGCGGCCGCUGCGGAUCAACGUCACGCUGGAGGGAAGCAUCGUGAUCCGGAACCCAAACUAUGCGUCCAUGCGGUUCGGGGCCAGCGACACGGAGAUCUUCGUGGAUGGCGUGGCCGGGCCCGUCGGCGUGGGCCGCGCGCCGCCCGGGGAGGUCCCCGCGCGGGGCGCCAGCCGGGUGACCGCGGGCCUGGACGUGUUCGUGGACCGGGUGGGCCCGGCCGUGGUGGGCGAGGUGCUGUUCGGCAGCGGCGAGGUGCGGCUCGCCAGCCACACGGCCGUGGACGGCAGGGUCAGCGUGCUCGGGGGCCUGUACGGGCGGCGGACCGUGCGCGUGGCCAUGCGGUGCCGCGUCGUGCUGCGCGUGUCGGCGGCGGUCGUCGUCGCCGGGAACCCCGCCUGCGUCGCGGAUUUCGGGCGCUGACCACUGCACAUCGGAGGCGCGGAGCCAUAGCCUUCGACGGCGAAGCGGUGCUUGAAUAAUUUGCGUGGCCAUGCUUGUUUGCGGGUGAGCCGGUAUAGUUUUUGCCCUUUCUCUUUACCGGCGAUGACCGGCGUAGGUAGUGACGGUGGCGGCUAAGGUAUAACCGCCGAGUGCUCCCUCCCUCCUCCUCAGUAGAUUCCGGCUCUUCUCGUACCUCGUUUUGUACCAUAACGACGACUACCUGUUUGUUCUAACAUCGUGUUGAAUAACAACGAUGAAAUCCUCCUUGGAGCAAAUUUCAGACUUUCA